AUGGAUUAUGCUGGCGCAUUAAUCCUAAGAAAUGGCCAGAAAGCUUGGAUUGUUAUAUUUACCUGUGCCAGUUACCGAGCUGUGCAUCUGGAGUUAACUAUACCUUUAUCGACGAACCAUUUUUUGAAAACUCUUAGCCGUUUCAUCGCUCGAGGGGGUUUACCUUCCAUCUUUUACUGUGACAAUGGUUCUAAUUUUUCAAGAGCUGAGAAUUUAUUGAAGAAAAUUGAGACGUCAUUUUCCAAUGCAGUUUAUAUUAAAAGAUCAUUUGGAAAUUUAAUCCCCCAUCUCCACCCAUGGUGGGAUGAGUGGUGGGAACGUUUGAUAGGUAUAAUAAAAGGAAUUCUACGAAAGGUUCUAGGAAGAAGUUCACUAAAUUUAGAAGAAAUGGACACCGUUAUUUGUGACAUUGAAGGUGUGAUUAAUCAGCGACCUUUAACCUAUAUUUCAGAAGAUGUUGAUGAUUUUUAA